CCGCCCGGUGAGUCACGGCCAGGGGCCCCGUCGGGAAGCGCGUCCCGUGUUGGGGAGCCCGGCUCUAAGCUCGGCACCGGCUCGGCCGCUCGUCGGCCCCGAGGGACGCGCUGCUCCUUGCACGCCGCUGUCGUACCGCUCGUCCCAGCGCCCGGCGGGACGCGUGUGCUCCGCCUGUCCGGCAGGGGGCGGCCUUUGGCGCAGCCCGUGGAGCCGCGACCGCCCCGCGUGUAGCGGACAAGAUGGCGACGGCGCUGAGGGCGGCGAGGUGGCUGCGGCUGGAGGGCGGCGGGCCCGGGCUCGCUCCGACUCGUUCUGCAUUCUAUGCAAGAAAGCGUACUUAUGAUCAACCAAACUGGUUUGGAGUUGGCUUGGCUUUCGCCACCAGUGCUGCCCUGUGGGCUUUUCUUUUCAAGCAACAUAAUGAAGAUGUAAUGGAAUAUGAAAGAAGGAAACAAGAGAGACAACAUAAGUGUACAAGUUGUUCAUAGUUGACCAAAUGUUCAAUAACAAAUACCAUCGGUUGCAUCCUGUGAAUUAAGGAGCACAGCAGACCUGUCUAAAAGUAUUUAAACCCUUCGUACAUUUCAGCUGCAAGCUUAUAAAAUAAAGCGUGGAAGGAGCUUCUGAAGA